AUGGCUAAUCUAAAAGUGUUCGCCAUAAGCGUUGAUAAUUCUUUUCACAAUAGGCAAAUCUCGAAACUCUACGAUGACGAUUCCCGUGGGCUCUCGCUGCUGCAAGUUCGCGUGCCCGUUUUCCCUGGUGCUCGUGAUCGUUUUGCCACGGAAAUAGUCGACUUUAUCAUGCAGCAAAAAUUCUCUCGUGUGGUCCUCCUCUCGAGUAGUUUUGCCAUGACCCGAAAGGAUCAACAGCUUCGUGGACCGCCUCUUCAAUAUUCUGUGACGUCAGCUACAAAAGUAGAGGAUAUCGAGGCCCUCUCACGCAUCGGAUUGAUGAAGUUGGUCAGGGAGGAGGUCUUGGAUGGUGAUAAUCAAAGUGUUGCUAGUUACUUGGCUCUUAAUCUUCCCGGUUCCGGGGCUGCGUUGCCCUUAUUUUCAGCGAUGGAGAAGGCGCAGACCAUUCCAGCUGUUCUUCUGAAUACCUUCACGUGUGACGGUGACAACCGCAACGACGCGUUCUUCAUGGCCCAUGCGCUCAAUGGCUGGUUGAAGGUGAAUCCUGUCAACGGCGCCGUAUCCUGGAAGUCACCUAAAUGUUGGAAGAUGCUCUAUGGCAACAGUUUCGAUCCCGCAUUAUAUUAG